AUGUCGGUCGACACGCACGAUCCGACUAAAGACGAGAGCGAGGACUCAAUGGAGUCGAGUCCCGAAGGAGAAGUCCCCCCUACCACAACAACACAGGAAAAUCAACAGCCAAAGCGAAAAGGGGGGCGCAAACCGAUAUAUGCAACAUCAGAAGAGCGGAAGCAAAGGAACCGCCAGGCUCAGGCAGCUUUUCGAGAACGGCGAACCGAGUACAUCAAGCAUCUGGAGGAGGCCAUACACACUCAUGAACAGAAUCUUGCGAACCUUCAAGCCGCCCAUCGUCAUGCAGCUGAUGAGUGCUUGAUGCUGCGGUACAAAAACUCGCUGUUGGAGCGCAUCCUUCUUGAGAAGGGCAUCGAUGUGCAAGCCGAGCUUCGUGCCAAGACUGGCAGUCCCAAUCUUGGGCCUACUCAUAUGCCCAACAUGGUGCACCCUCCGCCCAUCCAACGGGCUCUACUAAACAGGCACCAUGCCCGCCGAUCAAACUCGAGCAUUGCGCCAAAGCUCGAGCCCGGUAUUAUAUCCCCGCUACCACCUCCGAUACAUCACCCGUCUAUGGCAUCACCCAAGAGUAGGCCCACCCCGUCCUCACAUUCAGCCUCACCGACAGCGACGACCUCGUUCGGCUCUCAACACGGCGCCUCACCGGCUGGAUCCGACCACAUAUCAUCGAUGCGGCAACCGCUACCUCCGACGUCGACGAUGAAAGCCCCGCCUCCGCCGGCAGCAAUGGUCGGCAUGGCAACGGCGCGGCAGAUGCACAUGGCGGCACUCCAGCAACAGGCCGCCGGCCACGCGAGAGCAGGCGUUGCUAGAAGCCCGGCCCCCUUCUACCCAACGCCUUCGUUUCAAAAUCACAUUGAGCAACUCGAACAGGAGUACGAUGCGGCCGCCGACAUGAUGGACGACGGCGGCGAUCCGCCCGACACCCCGAGUGGGCCCGGUCCCUACCCUGGUCCGGCAUACUGCGGCGAACCGCAAUCGAUAUCGCUGCCCUCGCCCGUCACGACCCUCCCUCCCGGCUCCCAACAACUCUCUGGGCACUCCCCGAUUGAUGCCAUGAGCCCUGCUCAACAGCAUCCCGGUUACCCGUCAAUGACACAACUACUCGACUCCGGCUUCGAUUUCGAUCCAUUUGGUCUAAGCGCCAGCAUGGCUUUCCCGACACAGUUUUCUUUCGAUACAAGCAACAUGCGGUAG